CCCACUUGCAAUGAUUAAAUCACCCACUGACAGCAGUCGCUCACCUUUCACCCACUUUCCCCGGCAGACAUCCGUGUUGACGGACGCUGAAGCGACGAGAAGCCGCCUGUCAUCCAGCAUCACAGAGCCGUUAUCCCGUUCUGAUCUGAAGAUAGAGCCUCCCCCAGGGAACCAUUCGAGAUGUGGAUGAGCACGUUUGCACGUUUUGCCCUUCCCGCCCUUCAGAGGAGCACCGGCGUGGCGGCCCGCAGGGUUCUGGGGGCGUAUCGAGCUCCGGUACCGCCGCCGUCAUACCUGACUUCAGUGCAGCUCCGCGGGCAGCAGACCCUGAGCUCGGCCUCCCUGCCGGUGGGUCGCCACCUGGUCAGGCAGGUCCGGGCUCUGAACCAGGAGAGGAUGGUGGAGGUGGAGUGGGGGGAUGGCGGUCACAGUCUGUAUCCCUUCACCUGGCUCAGAGACAACUGCCAGUGUCCUCGCUGCACUCAUGAGUCUGCCCAGGCCCGGCUCCUCCUCCUGACCGACGUGGACAUCCACACCGGGGUGAAGGCCGUGGAGGUCACCAACGACAACAAGGUUUCCAUUGUGUGGCCCGACCAGCACAUCAGCCUGUUUGAUGCAGAAUGGCUGAAAAAACGCUGCUUCUCUGCUGCCGCAAGACAAGCCUUGCGAGAAGAGCUUUUCCUCAAUGACCGCUUCUUCUGGGACUCCUCGCUGGUCAUCCCCACCGCCGACUACCAGCAGGUCCUGGAGGACGACAAGGCGGCUCUGGCCUGGCUUCAGGCUCUGAAGAGGGUCGGCAUCGUCUGCCUGAAGGGGGCGCCGGCCGAGAAGGGCCAUGUGUCCCGACUGGGCCAGAGGAUCGGGUAUAUGCGGAUGACGUUCUACGGGCACACGUUUCAGGUCGAGGACAAACCCAUGGCCAACAACGUGGCCUACACCACCGGGACGCUCAGCACGCACACCGACUACCCGGCUCUACACAGCCCACCCGGAAUCCAGUUCCUGCACUGCAUCAAGCAGGCGGUGGAAGGAGGUGAGAGCGAGCUGGUGGACGGCUUCCACAUGGCCCAGCUGCUGCAGAGAGAAGACCCCGAGGCCUUCAGGACCCUCAGCUCGCUGCUCGUCGACUUCACCGACGUCGGAGCCGACUACUGCGAAUUCAGGCUGCAGAGCAAGAAACGCGUCAUCGAAGUUGACUCUGAGGGCCAAGUUGUCAAGAUACACUGCAACAACGCCACCAGAGACUCGAUCCUGGACCUCCCUGUGGACCAAGUCCAGCCGUUCUACAGAGCACUGAGGUCCUAUGUGGACAUCAUGAACCGACCGGAGAACGUGGUGACCUUCGUGAUGGAACCAGGCGACCUGGUGACCUUCGAUAACUGGCGGCUGCUUCAUGGCCGGAAGAGUUACAUCAGCACCCCCAACCAGCUGCGACACCUGGAGGGAGCUUACCUGGACUGGGACGAGGCGAUGUCCCGCCUCCGGAUCCUGCGAAGGAAGGUCCACGGAGACGCUUAGAUAGGAAGCUUCACCGUCUUUACAGGAGGAUCUCUAAGAACUGUGAGCGACGAUGGAUGAUAAACGACACGAGGACAGAAUGAUGCUAGAUAUGCGAUAUUCCAGCAGCAAAUCAUGAAAAACUGAUCAGAUGUGGAGGAAACUGUGAUGAAAUCGCCAAAACAAUGAACCCAAAACGCAGCGCAACGAAACAAUGCAAUGAAAAAAAGCCUUUUUUUUGACUAAAACUAAUUUUAGAAAAGCGUUUUAUACGUGGAUAUUCCACAAUUUUGUAAUUUAUAAGUUUUUAAGCUUAUUUUUAUUAUCCCCCCUUCCUUCGAUGCCACGUUUCCUCCCUCCCUGUUCUCUGCAGCAAUUUAUCCGCUGAUAUGUGAGAGAAAUUUAAACUUCCUGUGUCUGUAAGUUGGUGGGCCUGUAUGUAAAUGAGGCUGUAAAACUUAGGAGUUAUUUGAUAUUCUCGCCACCUGCUGCAGUGCUUUGCUCUACCUCUGCUGUUUAAUCCUCCUCAGAGGAUGAGCCGUCCUUGACUUUCCCUUCGCUCUGUGGAGCUGCUCGGUGAAUUUAAAAGCGCCUCCAGGUACAGCAGAGUCGCCGUAAAGUUUAAUUAACCCUGGUGGCCAAAGAGCUCAAGUUCUGCUUCAAUCUGCCGAAGUUUUAGUCAACAAAAUGCAGUCGGUGUUCAGUGAAAAUCCAACUUCAGUGACAGAAAAUGCAUAAAUGUGAGUAGAAUCUGUUCUGUUUAGAGAUUCUUCUGCUUCUGAAGCUAAAUACAUCAUUUAAAACUCUUUUUACAGGACAAGAUGCUUCUAAAAUGCCUGAAUAAAAUCACAGUAGUUCAAUAUUGAAACCAUUUCUGACAAAAUGUCAGCUGAGAGGUAGUUUUAGGGUUUUUCAUUCCGCUUUGUACGAAGUUAAACUGCAAGAUUCGUCCCUGUCGAGCAACUUUUCGGGGUAUUUUUUGAGGAUAGCGAUUGCAGAGUAAAUAGUCCGAAAGCAGCCCUUUGUAGGUCUAAAUAAUGCCAAUGGCUUAAAAUUGUUUUCAUUCACUGACUGCUGUUGAUUUUGUGCUUUUAAAGUCAACGUCAAAAGUGUUGGGUCUUAAAACUCAACUGCACAGAAACGGCAUCAUUUCGAUAAACUUUGAUGGAUAAAACAACAAAAACAAGACAAACGACAUGAAAAAAAACAAAAACGACGAAAAAGUAGACAACACAGGCAAGACAAAAAGAAGCAACACAAAACAACGAUUAAAGUAAAACACAUAAUGGCAAAAACAUGAGACAAACGACAGAAUUCAGACAAAAAAAUCAACAUAAACUACACAAAAUAUUACAAAAAUGAGACACAAAAAGGCAGAAAAAACCCAAAACGACAAGCAAGACAAAAACAUGACACAAAUGACAAGUCAGUCAAAAAGACAAUAAACAAGACAAAAUAUUACAAAAGUGAGAAACAAAAAAACAACAAAAAACAAACAGCACAAGCGAGACAAAAAAGCAAAAAAGAAACGAUUAAAGCAAAACACAAAAUUACAAAAAUGAAAACAUAAACACAAGAACAUGAGAAACGACAGAAAUCAGACUAAAAACAACAAAAAACGAAACAAAACGACAAAAAAAAAGAACAAUCUAGUGUUUUACUUUCUGAUCCAAACAACUUGUCAUGGUCUGGAAAUGAUUUUAAAUUUAUACUUUUACUAAUUUACAAUCUGCAGUUAAUGUCUUCUCUGUAAUUUUUAAUCUUUGAGGGCCGGAUUGGACCCUCCAGAGGACCACUUUAGGCCCACGGGCCUCAUGUUGGACACCCCUGAUUUAAAGCAUUCUAACUUUGUUUUAAGAAUUUUCUGAAUUCUGUCUUCUUCUGUUCCCACAGAGGUUCAAGAGUUGAAACUGUGAAAAAAACCAAACAAAAACCAGGUUUUUCUAAAUUUCUGUCAACAAAGAUCCAGAACAGUCAUUUUGACCUCCAGGGUUCUGAUGAAGAAAAGCUGCCGUUGCUGUAAAAUCAUCUCACAGAUAUUUCCUUUAAAUUUUAUUUUUGCAUGGAUUUCCACAUGAGGAACAAACUAAUCAGGUAAAGUCUGAUCAGGAUCCACAGAAAGGUUAAAUACGGGGGCUGGUUUUCCUCGUUCGGCACUAUUUAGGUGAUUUUUUGUUUUAAUCUGCUAGCUACUUAAAGCCCCUUUAGGGAAACAUGAGCAGAAUGAAACGCACAUUUAAUGUUUUUUUCCUCCAGUCUUAACACGUUGAAAUGUUUCGCUGGUGUUCAACAUUAAAAUAAAGCUUUAAAACUUU